CGCUGACGUUCGUCAGAUCUGUGCAUCAAACAGCCACACUUUCUUGUCUGCAGUGUUGAGGAAGCCAGUGAAUUAGACGAAGACGUCGCUGACUGUGCAGAAUAUAACGGCCAUUAAAGAAGAAAGAAGGUUCUGUUAGGAGAAGUAUGGAUCGCUACGGUUCUAACGGCAGAGGAGACAUGGACGAAGUGGACAUCGCCCGCCAGCCCAACCAAAACAUCGCUGACGACGCUGUGGACGCCAAACCCGAUGGAAACGCCAGCGGUAGGCGGACACAGGCGGAGUCGAUACCAACUUCCUCUAACGUUCUGCCAAACCCUGGUGUCUCCCGCGAAGCUGAGGAGUACUUCAUGGGCAACCGGGAGCGCGGUGUAGCCCUCAUCUUCAGCCACGAGGUAUUUGACGUUCGUCAGUACGCAGAUGGGAACCACCGACCAGAAGAUAGGCUUGGCACAAAAGUCGACAGAGACGCUCUUCGUGAUAUGUUCAGAAGUCUUGGCUUCGGAGUACUCUGUUUCGACGAUCUGUGCCACUACCAAAUAAGAAAUGAGCUGAGACGGGUAGCCGAUCAGAACCACAGCAACCGUGACUGCGUCGCAGUGGCGGUGCUCACGCACGGUGAGAGGAACGGCCAGCUGGAUGCCAGGGACCGCGAGUACAACGUCAGCGAGCUGUGGGAACCGUUCACAGCCAGGCUGUGCCCCUCUCUCGCCGGCAAACCCAAGCUCUUCUUCAUACAGGCGUGUAGGGGAACAGGUACCGAUGCCGGCGUGACGGUGAGCGACCUCACUACAGACGCGCCCGACAAUGGCCGCGCCGAGGAGCUCACUUACCCAGUGCCUUCUUACGCCGACAUCAUCGUUUCAUACUCGACAUUCGAAGGUCUAUACUCCUUCCGCAAUCCAAAAAAAGGCUCGUGGUACGUUGAGACACUGUGUUCUCAACUUGAAGCCCACGGCAGAUCCAAGGACCUGGUGUCGCUGCUCACUGACGUGAAUCGCAUCGUCGGUCAGAGAUAUCGCUCAGAAAACAAGAGCCGGCCGGACCUGCAUGGCAAGGUGCAGGCGCCGUGCUUCACAUCAUCCUUGACACGGAGUCUAUGCUUCGGUCAUAAUGGCCAUGGCCACCCUCAAUGUUCCUUGCAUGAUGUCUGCAGCAAAAAACCUCGUUUCACCCAUAUAAAUGUAGAAAAUAGUUCCUAAGAGUUCAUAUGUUUCCACCAAAGCACCAGAAGCCUCAGCUGCUGAAUGUAAUCCUCUGUACCGCCCAGAGUCACGAUUCACUUUGUCUUUAUUCAGUACUACUGAUUGUCUGAGAUAUCGCUGUCUGUUUAUGAGUGACAUUAUGUCUAGUUUAUCAAUAAUUAGUAAAAUAUGACGUGGUGGCAUGCACAGAAUUAGUUCAUAGACCGCUUAAUAUAUUUAAUACAAACUAAUUAUAAACAGUUCUACAGUAAGCGUCAACUUAAUUGAACGAACACAAAGGUUCGCAAGCAGGAAACGUAUUUAUAUCGGAUGAGUGCAUUUAAUGGGUCUUAGAUGGUGUUCAUAUCAGAGAAAUCAACAAAUAGCAUGUUCGUCUACUACACAUGAAGGUAUCCAUUUCGAAUUCCGAAUUCUGAACGUGUUCAUUACUUCUGAAAUACUACUUUUCAUUCCAUAAACAAUGGCUGAGUAAUGAGUGAGAAUUUGGUUUGGAUCCCUUCAAUCGGAAAUCGGCACAUUGCAUUCAGAAAUAAGGUUUGUUCAUAAAAUACAAGUAAAAAAACGGAGAUUCUUUGUUUCCUUAAACAUCCAAAGGGGAUAUCGGAGCACCAUCUUUCCUUCAUCAUUGACGUUUUUUUGAAAAUAUACAAAAAUCAAGCAGAAUAUUUCUACUUACAGAAGUUUUCAGAAAAAGUGAUGUGAAUGCUGUACUUAGUGUAACAAUGUUCUGCACGCAUAUUACAGGUCAAACAAAUGUAUAUAUGAGAUUCAUUAUCAUGCAGGUAUCUAGUGCAUGGCAACGUGCAUGUUACUGUUGAUGAUUUUCCUUGCAAAUCUGAUAUGAUUAAGGUAAGAUUAAUUUUCGUGAUUAAUUUCAUCAUCAUCACCUUCAUUUCAAGCAUUAGGCCCUUUAUUGGUUCGCCUAUUACAGUACCCAUCGUUCCUUCCAUGUUCCUUGAUUUCUUCUCCAAAAUUGCUUAAAUCUUCUGAUCUGGAGAGGCAAUCUUUCUCAACUCAUCCUUUUGGGGCCUUCAUUCGAGUUUCUCUUAUUUUUUGCAUUUUAUUAGAAAUGUUAAAUAUGUUCAGUUCUUCCUUAAUUUCUGAAUUUCUAAAUCUGUCACUUCUUGAGCACCAUUUUACUUUUCUUAAAAACCACAUCUCUGCUGCUUGUAUGUGACUAUCUUCACGUUUACUUAUAACCCUGAGAUAAUUUCAGCCUUGUUCCUUUCCUCGCUUCAUUUUCUAGAUAUCUGUAUAUUGCUCCACAUAUAUUCCCAAGCUUUUCCAAUUUCUUGUCUACAUCUUCCUCAUAAUCAUAUGUUGCGCCAUACCCUAAACAGCUAAUAUUCAAUGUGUUGUUUUGUUCUGUUUUUGUCACUAAAGGAUGUUUUCCUUUGAACGUCAUUGAUUUUGUUUCUUUUCUGAAAUAGUCAAAUGGUUUUCUUCACCAUUAUUACUAAUAAUUUUAUUCGCCUUUCUAGAUCAUCUUCAUUCUCAACUAGCAGUGUGGCAUCGUUUGCACAUAAAACACAAUUCAAGCAGGAAUAUCUGUUAACAUCAAUCCUCCCUUUAAAAAAAUCUCCUUCCAUUUCCCAAAUGCACCAACAAAAUAAAUCUUAAAAUGUGUAUUAAAAUGUGUGGGUGAAAUGCUGCACCUUUAUCUAACACUUUCGUUUGCAGCUAUAGUCUGUACCAUUUAAAUCUGAAAUUACAGCUGUGUGUUUGUGCAGAUUUUCAAAACGUUAUAGUUGUUGUGGAUAUAUUCUUUUCGUCAUAAUUGCCCACCGUUUCCUCCUGCCAACAUGAUCGUAUGCCUUAAUAAAAUCAAUAAAUACUAAGUUGGUUUCCCUGCCAUACUCCACAUGUUCUUCGAUUAUAUGUUCAGUUGUAAAUGCUGAAUCUGUUGUCGAGCUGCCCUCUGAAAUCCCAUUUGUUCCUGGCCCAAUGAAUUCUUAGCUAUAAUCUUCAACUUCUUGUUCACUAUUCUUCCAUAAACUUAUGCAGGUCCAGUAAACUGGUUCCUCUAAAGUUCUCGCAGUUGUAAUGAUCUCCCUUUUUGAACAGUGAUAGCAUCUUUGUCCAUGCAAGUGCUUCUGGAAUAACUCAAUUUCUCCAGCAUAUAAAUGUAGUAACCUCUUUUGCACUCGUAUGCAUCCAUAUCUUAUCAAUUCGGCGUACUAGUAACUAUUCUAUUCUUUGUGGAAUUGACAACUUCUUUUAAUUCGUCCACAUGUAAAUUGUCUUCACAUUUUAUUUCAGUUUUAUCCUCUUUAUUCUCUGUGGUGCAUAUUUCUUCAUACACAAAGUUCUCACAAUGUUCUAUCCAUUUUGCUUGUUGGAUGUUAUUUGUUUGAGUAACUUUUUUUUCUGUUUGGCUGAGCAUUUUCAUUGUCUUGCAACCUGUCAUUUGCUUAUAAACUCGUCACAAGAUAUUUGAUGAGCUUGUUUCACUUCUCAGUUUGCUGCUUUUCUCUCUUCUUCGUAAAUUUGAUGAUUAUUCUCUAUUGUUUGAUUCAUAUAUUUAAACAUAUUGUUUUUUCUCUUUAUAACUUUAUCUAAUUCUUUUUUUCAAAUUUUUACCCCUAUGUUCCUUAUUACUUUUUUCUUUCUUCCUAAGACGACUAAAUUAAUGUGUUUUUCGAAUCUGUUACUUCUUUAAGAUUUUUUUACAAAAAAAUAUGUACCACAUGAAAAAAAACACAUCUCCUCCAUUGUAACCAAGCAGGGUGUUGCAGUUGUUGAGACACUGUAUUGACAUUUAUGAAGAGUGGAUUAACAUUCUUAUUUAGCUACACAGAUUUAUGUUAUGUUAUGUUAACUAACUACACAUGAAUAUUUAAGGCGAAUAUUUCUUCUAAAUGAACAUGACCCAAAUGCAGCCUAUGCUCCAUCACUAAUGCAGCAUCAUCACCAGGACAAUAAACCAUAAUCUAUUUUCAUUAAUUGCAAAAAAUUAUGUUAAAAACAAUUUCAACAAUAAUGGUUAUCAAUGUAAUAACAUUAUUCAAACAGAACAUUUCCCUCUUAUACUGGUAGUGAUUUGAUGAAAAGUAUUGCCCCAUAACAGAGAAAUGUGUAUUUAAACUUUUGUAGUUAUUUAUUUCAAAUGUUAGUUUUAUAUAUUCCUAAGAAUUGAAUGCGUAUGUUUCUUUUAUGCAGACCAGAAUAUAUAAAAAUAUGUGUCAGCAGUAUUUUUAUAAAGUAUUUUUUCAUCAUUUGUUUCUUCUCUGUUCAUUUUUAUGAGCAUUUUAUUGUAUGUAACAAUUUCUGUAUUUGAAACUGUACAUCGAUCUUUAUUUUGUCAGAUAAUAGUUUAACAAUUUGUUGUUUUGUUUGAAUUUGGAAAGAAUGUCAGUUACAUUACAUUUUCUAAUUCUUGUAAAUAAUUAAAGUUAAAUAUAAAAUUAUUUUUUGUUUCUUC